ACGGUCCGCGGUCACGUGACUCCUCGUCUCUGAUGUCUCUCUCAUCGUGGCGCGAGAAAAUACCGUUACCUUUAAUAUACUUCAAUCUCUGAACAAAAACCAUCAAAACUGAAGGACCAGCGUCUCCAAAUGCCGCCAGCUGCGGGGCUGAGCUAGGUCCGCCCCGGCGGAGCGGUUGUGAUGUUAUAUCAGUGAUUCCGGGUCAGGGGGGAAGUUUGAAGGUUUGAACGGCAUUGUUGCAAAUCAGGUCGAGGCUGUUUGUUAUUCUCACUUUUACGUUAGUUCCGUCUCUUCUACGGGGCUACAACGUACAAAAAAACGUGCGAGCUUUUUUUUUUUAUAGUGUCAUGAAAGAAAUGUCAAGCACCAUGCCUGGCGGGCAGCAGGCCCAGAAGCACUACGGCAUCACCUCGGCCAUCAGCCUCGCACCGCCACGGGAAAUAGACCACGACUACACCAAGAAGCUCUGCGAGGCUAUGAAACCGUUUGGGGUGUUUGAAGACGAAGAAGAAUUAAACCACAGACUUGCUGUUCUCGGGAAGCUGAAUAAUUUUGUUAAGGAGUGGAUUGCAGAGAUUAGUGAAUUAAAGAACCUUCCACCGUCGGCAAUUAGCUGCGUCGGGGGAAAGAUAUUUACAUUUGGUUCAUACAGACUCGGAGUGCACACAAAAGGAGCCGAUAUUGAUGCCUUAUGUGUGGCUCCACGCCACGUAGAAAGAUCAGACUUUUUCUCGUCGUUCUUUGAGAAAUUGAAACAGCAUGAAGAGAUUAAAGAUCUCAGGGCUGUCGAGGAUGCUUUUGUACCAGUGAUAAAAUUCAAAUUUGAUGGGAUUGAGAUCGACUUACUUUUUGCCAGACUGGCCUUACAGUCCAUCCCAGACAACCUGGACCUGAGAGGGGACUCCAUCCUGAAAAACCUGGAUAUUCGGUGCAUCCGCAGCCUAAACGGUUGUCGAGUAACUGAUGAAAUUUUGUACCUGGUGCCAAACAAAGAGAACUUCAGGCUCACGUUACGAGCCAUCAAACUGUGGGCGAAACGUCGGGGGAUCUACUCCAACAUGCUGGGCUUCCUGGGGGGGGUUUCGUGGGCCAUGUUGGUGGCCCGGACCUGCCAGCUCUACCCCAACGCCGUGGCCGCGACACUCGUGCACAAGUUCUUCCUGGUCUUCUCCAAAUGGGAGUGGCCGAAUCCAGUUCUAUUGAAACAGCCUGAGGACAGUAAUCUGAAUUUACCCGUCUGGGACCCGAGAGUGAACCCGUCGGACCGGUACCACCUGAUGCCCAUCAUCACCCCCGCCUACCCGCAGCAGAACUCCACCUACAACGUCUCCACGUCCACGCGCACCAUCAUGAGCGAGGAGUUCAAGAACGGUCUCAGCGUCACGGACGAGAUCCUGCAGGGCAAAGCUGAGUGGUCCAAGCUCUUCGAGCCGCCAAACUUCUUCCAGAAGUACAAGCAUUACAUCGUCCUGACGGCGAGUGCAUCCACAGAGGAGAACCAUCUAGAAUGGAUCGGCCUGGUGGAGUCAAAGAUCCGCGUUCUGGUGGGGAACCUGGAGAGGAACGAGUACAUCACGCUGGCCCACGUCAACCCGCAGUCCUUCCCGGGCUCCAAGGAGAACCGCAGCGAGAACGACUUUGUCUCCAUGUGGUUCAUCGGGAUCAUCUUCAAGAAGGUGGAGAACGCCGAGAGCGUGAACAUCGACCUGACAUACGACAUCCAGUCGUUCACGGAUACGGUCUACAGACAAGCUAACAACAUCAACAUGCUGAAGGACGGGAUGAAGAUCGAAGCAACGCAUGUGAAGAAGAAGCAGCUCCACCAGUACCUCCCUCCCGAGCUGGUGCAGAGGAAGAAACGGAGCAUAGCGGAGGUGAACCGCAGCUCGAACGGCGGCAGCUCGAAGCGCAUCUCUCUGGACAGCAGCCACCUGGACAGUUCCAGAGACACGGACUCAGGAACUCCCUUCAGCUCCCCGACCGGCAAACCCCUCAAACCCGCCGACAACGAUGACGGCGUGGGCUCGGCCCAGCAGCUCUUUGUGGAUGAGUCCCCGGCUGCCAGCGCGGCCCCCGGCGAGGUUCCUAACGAAGAGGCUCCCGGAGACGAAGCUCCCAGCGAAGACGCUCCCAGCGCCGCCGUCGCGGAUCCAGACGCAGAUCCUGAUGCGGAUCCAGACGCAGCCAGAGACCAGAGCGGCUCCAUCCCAGCCCUCGGCUCAAAGUCUCCCGGAACAACGAAUCCUGCUUCUCCACCAGCCGGUGGCGACGAGAAGCCCAGCGCCGCCAGCAGCCCCAAGGACGAGCCCAACGGCCUGGACGAGCCCGUCAACGGAGGCUCGGCCAAGAGGCCGCCCUCGCCCUCGCAGGAGGACGGGGCCCCGAAAACCGGAGACCCGGAGGGAGCAGCAGAUGAGAACUCGACGUUCAAGGAGCCGUACCCGCCAUCCUCCGACUCCAACCCCCACGGCGAGGCGCCCAGCACUCCCCCUGGAUCAAAGGCCAAGCCCAUUCCAACCAUCGAUACCUCAAGAACACAGAGACUGCCCAGCAUGGAGCUGCCCGACGCCUCGUCGCCGCUGCCGGCCAGCACCACCUGCCGCGUCGUCAAGAACUCCAUCAAGCUGGCCCUCAACCGCCACAAUAUCACGCCUCCCAAGCCUCCGGUGUUCGACGGCACCCUCACCAUCGAGGCUCCCGCCGCCAGCGAGGAGAAGGGCAUGUCCAUCCCCGUCAUCGGCUCAAAGCACGUGUCGUCCAAGCACGCGGCCCCCGCCGUGGGCAGCUCCAUCCCCACCCUGGUGAGCCGCGUCCCCGACCCGCUGAACGGGGCCCCCCCUAAACGGGCCCACUCGCCCCCACUGGACGAGCAGAGCAAGCGGCUGAAGGAGACGGAGAAGGCCCGGAUCCACAUAGCCUGAAGACGCCGGGCGGACGCUUCACACCCACGCACACGUGGGGUUUCCUGGUCCAGCCGACAGGGGCAGGGGGGGGGCGGGGAGCGCGCUCAGUCCGCUCCGUCUGACCCCUCGGACUAGUCACCUCAGAGAUUUACAGACUCACCGGGGCUCGGUCGCCGCCGGCAACGACGCCGGCGCCGCGGGGGAAAGGCCCGGAACUGAAGCAGCACUCUCUCUCUCUCUCUUUCUUUUCUUUUUUCUUUCUUUUUUACUCCUCUUCCCCGUCUGUUUGAGAUGUACGCAGCACACGGAGCUUCUCCUCUCCUCCCGUUUAGUCCAGACACCAAACAAGAGCCGUGGUGGAUGCUAGCUGCACCUCCGGAGCGAGCCAGUACCUUUCUACCCCCAACAGAAACCUGUACAGUCAAUGUUCAUGUACAUAACUUUUUGUCUUAAAAAAGGAAAAAAAAAAAAGAAAAAAAAUCACUGUUAAGUCUUUUGAUCAUCCUGUUGUAGUUUUAUCUAAAAAUGGAAAAAAAAAAAAGACAAAAAAAUGUUUUGUUUGUUUUUGUUUUCUUUCUUUCUUCUUUUGUUGGUUUUUCUUUUCUUUUUUUUUUUUUUUUUCUACUGCUCAUCAAAGAAACAUCAAAGUCUCCAGCCCGGGGAUAUUUUUCUAGACGCCUUGAGGGCUUGGAACCAGGUGGAGAACAUUUGAGGGUUUGCUGGGAUGUGAAGGACGACACGACCGCAACUCUCCGGACCUGUUUCUGCCGCCCAAAGACGCCGCCAGGUUAGUAUCGGGCUAGCGGUGCGGGGGUGACCCCAGGUGACCCGGAGACCCGGGGCGUCCCAGCGCCGCCUCCUCCUCCUCACAACAGGAACACUUGUGCGCUCUCAUGGAGUGUGUUUUUCUUUUUCUUCUUUUUUUUUUUUUGUUAUUUUAAAGUUGCUUAGUUCUUGAAAGGUUUAGUGUUUAACCGCGCGACUAAAACGCGCGGCGGAGCCUCCAGACGGCCGUCGCGGUCGGCUCGUGCUCCGCGGUUCGGCAAGUGAGAUGACGGAUAGAAGUGAGCGCUGAGCCGUCCUGUGAUUGGCUGAUCCAGAUACCUGACGUUAGCCGCCAGGUCGCCACGGCAACUGAACAAAACCCGGAUAAUUCAGGAUACUGUUGGACCCCCCCCCGAUCGCUCUGCUGCCGACGGCAACCUGUGAACUUCCUGUGAACGUUUUUUGGGGUUUUGUGGGAAAAGCGGAGGGUUUGGAAGCCGUUUUGAGCUGUGAUUGGUUGUUUGGUUGUUUGUGCGUGUGCAUGAAUCCGCUGUCGGGGUCGUGUUUAUGUGUCAGAGAGAGAGGAUCCCCCUUUUUGUUGUUUUGGGUUUUAGCCCUCUGCGCCUCCUGUGGAGGUUUUAAAGGCGUCUCCUGGGUCGGCGGGUGGGCGAUGACCUCUGCGUCGCCGCGGCGACCCCGGCCUCCCGUCUGGCCGCGCGGCGUCUCUGCGUUUGUUUGCAGCGCAGCUAAAGUGCGUGAACAGCGAUGUGUAAAGUUCUGUUGCCGAGGCGCCGCCGCCGGUCCAGAGUCGGGACGUCGUUUUUCCAGCUUCUGUUUUCUCCCCAAAAUGCAAAGAGGGCAAGUUUUUUCAGAAAAGCAUAUUUCUUCAUUAUCGGGGGUUUUCUUAUCACUUUAUUUAUAUUUGCAUAUUUGUACCAUGUGAUCCUUUUUUUUUUUCUUUUUUCUUUUUUUUUUAAAUAGCAUUCAUAGCAGGUAGGUCUUUUUGAACGAAUCUACACCACUCUUUCAGACAACUUGUUUUGCUCUUCAGAAACAUUUAACUAAACAGGUCAUUUAGAUGUUUGUUUCUAAAAUGUAUUGAAAGGGUAUUUUUGUAUGUGUUUAUCACUUCCUUUAAAUGAAUCCAUACACCCAUUAAACCCCUAUAAAAACUA